AUGGAUGAAAACGAAAGAUUAUUUCAAUUAUUUCAACGGGCUAUCACCGAAUACGAAUUGAACAAUAUUCCUAUAAGAAACUUGAAAAAUAAGAAGAAGAUUGGAGAAGGAGGAUUCUCUAAAGUGUAUAUAUGCAAUAUUGACGGAGAUUCUAGAAUGGUGGCAGUAAAAGAAAUAUAUGUUGGCGAUGAGAAUAGCGAAGCAUCCAUUAAAUCCUUCCUUAAUGAGCUGAAAUUACAUUGCAAGGCCAAAAACCAUCGUAUUAUUGAGUUAUUUGGAGUAGGCUAUGAUGAAAAAGAAGUUUCAUGCUAUCUUGUGAUGGAACUCGCCGAGUGUAAUUUAAGGAAGCAUUUAACAGACAAAAAGGACGAACUUAAAUGGGAUAAAAAAAUAGAACUUGCAAUUCAAUUAACAGAAGGGUUGUCUUAUAUCCAUAAUGUGAUGAAUGUAUUACACCGUGAUUUGGUAUUGGACUAA